AUGAGGAAGACGCAGAAAAACAAGGCCACAGAAUAUCAUCUUGGUCUUCUAAAAGGAAAGCUUGCACGGCUACGCGCACAACUUCUAGAGCCCGGUCCCGGAUCCGGAGGUGGACCGGGUGCCGGAUUUGAUGUUAGCAAGAGCGGAGAUGCCAGAAUAGCAUUGGUCGGCUUUCCGUCGGUGGGAAAGUCGACAUUCCUGUCCAAGGUCACCAAGACGCGGUCCGAGGUGGCGUCUUACGCCUUCACAACCCUGACGGCGAUUCCUGGGGUGCUCGAGUACGGCGGCGCCGAGAUCCAGCUGCUCGAUUUGCCGGGUAUCAUUGAGGGCGCCUCCGAGGGCAAGGGUCGUGGUCGACAGGUCAUCUCGGCGGCCAAGACCAGCGACUUGAUUCUCAUGGUGCUCGACGCCACCAAGAAGGCCGAGCAGCGGGCGCUGCUCGAGGCCGAACUCGAGGCUGUCGGCAUCCGGCUCAACCGCGAGCCACCCAACAUCUAUCUCAAGCCCAAGAAGGCCGGCGGCAUGAAGAUCAACUUCCAACAGCCGCCGAAGAACCUUGAUGACAAGAUGGUCUACAAUAUCCUGCGCGAUUACAAGAUGCUCAACUGCGAGGUUCUGAUUCGUGACGAUGAGGCUACCGUCGACGACCUGAUUGAUGUCAUCAUGAAGGACCACCGCAAGUAUAUCAAGUGCUUAUAUGUCUACAACAAGAUCGACAGUGUGUCGCUCGACUUCCUAGACAGGCUGGCUCGGGAACCCCAUACAGUUGUCAUGAGUUGCGAGCUGGACCUCGGCAUACAAGAUGUCAUUGAUCGGUGCUGGAAAGAGCUACAAUUGGUUCGCAUCUACACCAAGCGGAAAGGCAUCGAUCCAGAUUUCAGCGAAGCGCUGAUCGUCAAGAAGGAUGCUACUAUUGAGGACGUCUGCGACCGUAUUCACAGGACUCUGAAGGACACAUACAAGUAUGCCUUGGUAUGGGGUGCAUCCGCGAGGCACGUUCCGCAACGGGUCGGUCUCGGUCAUACAGUAGCCGACGAGGAUGUUGUGUAUAUUGUCAGCUCUUUCAAAGCAUAG